AGAAGGGAGAGAGAAUGUAAGCAAACCGGAGUGAAUGCUGAGCUCUGUGGCUGGCAGUUCAUACAGAGAGAGGAUGAAUGAACCACACUACAAAGCAGUCCAGGAUUUCUAUACGUCUGACCUCAAGAAACCUACACAGAAGGAAAGGAAUGUUUGGUCGUGCCAUGGAAGGAGCAUCAGCAGCUCUGGAAUUCCCUUUUCUUGCCCACAGGUCUUUCUUUGCCUCUCCCUCUUGUGCCUGCUGGGCAGCCUGCUGGGGCAUCCUCAGUGUCUGGAUUACGGGCCACCUUUCCAGCCCCCUUCUGGCUUGGAGUUCUGCUCUGCCUAUGAAAACUUUGGCUGCUGUGACCAGGAGAGAGACAACAGCAUUGCUGCAAAAUACUGGGACAUCAUGGAUUACCUUGAUCCCCGGGGGCAUAAGCUGUGUGGAACGUAUAUCAAAGAUAUCCUGUGUCAGGAAUGUUCUCCAUAUGCUGCACAUCUCUACGACGCAGAAAACCCUUGGACGCCUCUAAGAAACCUGCCGGGACUCUGUUUUGACUACUGCUCCGAGCUCCACUUCAACUGCCGCUCUGCCCUCAGCCUGCUGGUGGGUGACAAGAACACCCCAGGGUGCUGCGAGGCCAACAAGACGCGCUUCUGCAACCUCCUUCACCUCCACGAUGAGGACUACUGCUUCCCCAACGUGCUGAAGAACACGGCCCUCAACCGCAACCUGGGCUCAGUGGUGGAGGACCGCAGGGGCUGCCUCCAGCUCUGCCUCACCGAGGUUGCCAACAGGCUGAGGAACCCGGUGCUCAUGGUGCACGCGAAGGACCAGACCCACCGCAUGUUUGUAGCUGAGCAGCUGGGCGUCAUCUGGGUCUACCUGCCUGAUGGCAGCCGGCUGGAGGAGCCCUUUCUGGAUAUUAAAAGCAUAGUGCUGGCUACGCCAUGGCUGGGAGAUGAGAGAGGCUUCCUGGGGAUGGCUUUCCAUCCCCAGCACAAGUACAACAGGAAGUUCUAUGUCUAUUACUCAUACAUGGAUAAGAACCGGGUGGAAAAGAUCAGGAUCAGUGAAUUGAAGGUUUUAGCAUCUGAUGUCAACAAAGCUGAUCCACUCUCGGAAAGGAAUCUUUUGGAGCUUGAAGAACCAGCUGCAAAUCAUAACGGUGGGCAGCUGCUCUUCGGUGUGGAUGGCUACAUGUAUCUGUUCACAGGGGAUGGAGGGAAAGCUGGAGACCCCUUUGGAAAGUUUGGGAAUGCUCAGAACAAGAGUGCUUUGUUGGGGAAAGUCUUGAGGAUUGACGUGGAUGGAAAAAGCCCUGAUGGAAAGCCUUAUCGCAUCCCUCCCGAUAAUCCUUUUGUGUCGGACCCCACGGCCCGCCCCGAGGUUUAUGCCUAUGGGGUGAGGAAUAUGUGGCGCUGCGCUGUCGACAGAGGGGACCCUGUCACAAAAAAGGGAAGAGGGAGGAUAUUCUGUGGGGAUGUCGGGCAGAACAGAUUUGAAGAAAUCGACAUCAUUGUUAAAGGAGGAAACUAUGGCUGGAGAGCAAAGGAGGGAUUUGAAUGCUACGACACAAAGCUUUGUCACAAUUCUUCUUUGGAUGACAUUCUUCCAAUUUUUGCCUAUGGCCGCAACGUGGGGAAGUCAGUCACCGGAGGUUACGUCUAUAGGGGAUGUGAAUCGCCCAACCUGAACGGCCUCUAUAUUUUUGGUGAUUUCAUGAAUGGUCGACUUAUGGCUUUACAGGAAGAGGAGAAGGCAAAUAAGUGGAAGAAGCAAGAUAUCUGCAUCGGCAGCACAAAAGCUUGUGCUUUCCCUGGAAUGAUCAGUUCUUACAGCAAAUUCAUCAUCUCAUUUGCUGAGGAUGAAGCAGGUGAGCUGUAUUUUAUGUCCACUUCUUAUCCCAGUGCCUAUGCACCACAUGGAUCGCUCUACAAGUUUAUUGAUCCUGCAAGGAGAGCUCCACCAGGGAAGUGUAAAUACAAGCCUGUUCCGGUGAAAACAAAGAGUAAACGGAUACCAUUCGUUCCACGUGCAAAGACUGUCCUUGAGCUGCUUAAUGAACCUUCAACAACCAAGCCUUGGAAAAAAUCUUCUACCUCCACUGCAGCCAUCCCAACUGUUUCUUCUAAGAAAGCAAAAAAGACCUCACCCACCAAAAUAAAAGCAUCAAGAGCGAAACCAGCUCCAUCUGGUAAAAAGAGACAGAAAACCAGAACUGAGGCUAAACAUCACAGGCCAAAGCAGAGAGAGAAGGUCACACAUGCUUCCAGAGCUACACCAGCACCACCCAUGCCAAAGAAGAAGAGCUCUCGCCUAACUAGAACCAAGAAGCUUCUUCAAAGGAAAGCAGCACUAGCUGAGGAAAAAGCAGAGAAGAGGAGGAGGGAGAGGAGACUAAGCAGCAGCUUUUGAAGCUCGGCUAUUUCCCAGAAGAGGCAAGUCACUUCUGAGAUGGUGAAAUAAACGGUGCCUCUCCAUUAAUGUCAGCAUUCUCAGUCUCUAUAUAUGUUCUUUUUAAACCUUAACAGCACCAGCCUCCUAAUAGUAACUCUCUGUGCAAACCCUGCUGGGAUGUGACGUCCUUCUCUGACAGAAGUAGUCAUGGGAGUUGCUGAUGGACAGUCACGGUGAAUGUUCCUCAGCAGUCCAAGCAGGAUGUUUUUACAAAUCUCUUGCUGAAAGUCUCAGAUCUGCUGUUUUUCCUCAUGAGAAUUGCAGACGGGAAGGCGGAUCGUUGCAGCUCAAGUUUAAAGCAGCAAGUAGCAAGUCAAGAUCCCUCAGAAGAUAGAUCACCACUUGGAAGGAGCCAUGACACUGAGUCUCUGCGCUUACUCCGCACUCUGGAACGGGCCCUGCUCUUUGGUUCUGCCCCUCUGCAAGCACGAGGCCAGCCUUGACAAGCCCAACAGACAGUGGUGUGGCAGUUGCUGGAGAUGGAGAAGACAGGCUGUUCCCUCAUGAGCCCAAAUUGAGCGUGUGACCCAGGUUUCUCAGGACCAGGUUCUCCUGGGUGGGAGCCGUUUCCCCAGCUGAAAAAGUCAUGGGACAGUUGAAGCAGAAGGAAAGACCUUCAAGUUCUACUGAGCUUCUGGGGACCCCCACGGCAAAGCA